AUGAAGAUUCCUAACAUUGGUAAUGUGAUGAAUAAAUUUGAGAUCCUUGGGGUUGUAGGUGAAGGAGCCUAUGGCGUCGUACUUAAAUGCAGACACAAGGAGACACAUGAAAUUGUGGCUAUCAAGAAAUUCAAAGACAGCGAAGAAAAUGAAGAAGUCAAAGAAACCACUCUCCGAGAGCUUAAAAUGCUUCGCACUUUGAAACAGGAGAACAUAGUGGAGCUGAAGGAAGCCUUCAGAAGAAGAGGAAAAUUAUACUUAGUUUUUGAAUAUGUGGAAAAAAACAUGCUGGAGUUGCUAGAAGAAAUGCCGAAUGGAGUUCCACCAGAAAAAGUGAAGAGCUACAUCUACCAGCUAAUCAAAGCAAUUCAUUGGUGCCAUAAGAAUGACAUCGUUCACAGAGAUAUCAAGCCAGAGAAUCUUUUAAUAAGCCACAAUGAUGUCCUGAAGCUGUGUGACUUUGGCUUUGCUCGUAACCUGUCUGAAGGCAGCAAUGCCAACUAUACAGAGUAUGUGGCUACCAGAUGGUACCGCUCCCCUGAGCUGCUCCUUGGAGCCCCUUAUGGAAAGGCUGUGGAUAUGUGGUCUGUAGGCUGCAUCCUGGGCGAGCUGAGCGAUGGGCAGCCCUUGUUUCCUGGCGAGAGUGAGAUUGACCAGCUCUUCACCAUCCAGAAGGUGCUGGGCCCACUGCCAGCAGAGCAGAUGAAGCUCUUCUAUAGCAACCCACGCUUCCAUGGCUUGCGGUUUCCAGCAGUCAACCAUCCACAGACUUUAGAGAGAAGAUACUUGGGAAUUUUAAGUGGUGUCUUGCUUGACCUUAUGAAGAACUUACUGAAGUUAGAUCCAGCAGAUAGAUAUUUGACAGAACAGUGUCUGAACCAUCCUUCCUUUCAAACCCAAAGACUCCUGGAUCGCUGUGGAAGUUCACCUUCACGGUCAGCCAAGAGGAAGCCUUACCAUGCAGAGAGCAACACCUUGUCCAACAGAAAUCAAGCCAGCAAAAGUUCUGCUUUGCAGUCCCACCACAGAUCAAACAGCAAGGAUAUGCAGACCCUAGGGGUUGGCGGGCCAAGGGAAGAAGGUCUGCCAGCAAACGAAAGCUUUUUAAACGGAAACCUUCCCGGAGCUACUCCCAGCCCCAUGCACGCCAAGAAGCCCAGCGCCGCGCCUGGCUCCGGCAACAAGGAUCUGGCCAAUAACAACCUGCCGCACCUCCUCAGCCCCAAGGAAGCCAAGGCAAAGACGGAGUUCGAUUUUAACGUGGAGCCAAAGAGCUCGGAGGGCUCGGGCACCAAGUACCUGAAGUCGAACAGCAGGUCCCAGCAGAACCGGCACUCGCUGAUGGAAAGCUCGCAGAGCAAGACCGGCACGCUGCAGCCCGGCCGCCACAGCUACAUCGACACCAUCCCCCAGGCCUCCAAGAGCCCUUCCUACCGCACCAAGUCCAAGAGCCAUGGCGUGCUGACAGACUCCAAAUCCGUGGGCAAUCUGUCCGAGGCCAGGGCCCAAGCUGCGGAACCCACCAGCGGAAGGUAUUUUCCAUCCAGCUGCAUGGACUUGAACUCUCCCACCAGUCCCACCCCUCCUCGGCACGGUGACAACAGAACUCUGCUCAGCCCCUCCGGGAGGAACAACCGUGGUGAGGGGACCCUGGACGGCCGAAGACCAGCAACGAGGCACUCCAAAACCAUGGAGGAGUUAAAACUGCCAGAUCACAUGGAUGGAAGCCAUUCCCACUCUCUGUCUGCUCCGCAUGAAUCUUUUUCCUAUGGUCUAGGUUAUACCAGUCCUUUCUCUUCACAGCAGCGCCCUCAUAGACACUCUAUGUAUGUGAGCCGGGACAGAGUCAGGUCAAAGGGCUCAGAGGGUGGCUUAAGCAUAGGGCAAGGGAUGGCAGCCAGAGCAAACAGCCUGCAACUGUUAUCUCCACAGGUGCAGCAUAAGUCACUCACAAGAUCUGUUGGCUCGUCACGAGAAGACUGUACAGAAGAUACAAAUAGGGGUGGAGCAUAUCAUGAUCCACACUCAGAAGAUGGAGCAUCUACUAAGGAAAAUAGAAUUCUGUAUAAUGACCCUGUUCCGAGGAGAGUUGGCAGCUUUUACAGAGUUCCAUCCCCGCGCCCAGACAGUACCUACCUAGAAAACAACGUCUCCAGCAGAGCCUCUGUGUUACCAGCAGACAGCAGCACGGUGGCAAACCACUCCAAGAGACAAACCACCUUUGAUACCUGGAAAAGUCCUGAAAACCUUAGCAGUCACUCAGAGCAGCUCAAGGAGAAAGAAAAGCAAGGUUUUUUCAGGGCAAUAAAAAAGAAAAAGAAGAAAUCUCAAACUAUGCCUAGCACUGACGGUCAGGAUCUCUUGGCAUUACAGAAAGCCAUUCACACUAAUCACCAGAGCAGCAGGCAGAAGGAUUGGCAUCCUGAGAAGAUGACAGAAAUCCAGCCUCCUAGCCAGCCAUUAAAAUCCCUUCGGAAGCUCUUACACCUCUCUUCCUCCAACCACCCUGUCCCCGCCGAGCCUCGCUUCCAGCCACUGCCCAGCCAGCCAGCCAAAGCUUCCUUCUCAGAAGUGCGAAUCCACCCCAUCGGCCAGAGCUCUGCCAGCGGCAAUGUCAGGCAGGAGCCCCAGCCCAAGAGCAGGCCGGCGCUGCAGAUGCCCAGCCAGCUGGAGCCCAGCUGGCACGUGAGCAGGAGCGCCAGCGAUGGGCCUCCCUACUCGGAGCAGCUGCCCCCCAAGGGCGGCCAGAACGGGCACCCCUACAGCCGGACCAACCGCCCGCGCAUGCCCAACCUCAACGACCUGAAAGAGACAGCCUUGUAA